AUGCCUGCAGCAAACAACAUCGCCUUCACAGCCCCGAUCAACCCGUCGGGCGCAACCCCCGUGCUCACGCCCCAGCAAAUCUGGGCGGGACUUCUCCUCAAGAUUCGCUCCGCCGAAACCUUUGUCCCGGCCGCAAUUCAGUCUACCACAGUGGUGAGUGACUCGGUCGAUUCCACCACCGGCAACCCCGUUACCGUCCGAGAAGUCACCUUCCGCGAAACCCAGCGGAAAGUGCAGGAGACCGUCACAGCCUUCGAGAGCUGUCGGGUGGAAUUCGCCCAGCCAGAUGGAAGCCGGGUCAGCAAUGUGGUCAGUGAGGGCGCGGGCGGGGAGCUGUAUAUGACCUAUAUCUUUGAAUGGCGGCAUCCCGGGGUCUCGGCAGAAGAGCUGGCGACGCUGCUGGAGAAGGAGAAGAAAAUGAGCCAGAUGGCGGUCGAGGGGACGAUCAAAGCUCUGCGACAGUUGGUCGAAGAGAAGAAGAUCUGA